UUCUCAACACUAAUGAGUAAUGACCAUAAUUUGUUCAAGAUAGUUUUAAUAUCUAAUAUAUUAUAUUAUAAAUAUUAUAUCUACUAUCAUUUCUCCAUUAGAUAUAGUAUAAAAGUAAGUACCUAUUUGUGAUAAUUAAAUUAUUAUUAUUUUAUUACUCGCAUUAUUCAUUAGUAUAACUAGUAUAAGGUAAUUAUAUAAUUAAAUAUUAUGAUCAACGAUAAUAGUGCAUAUCAAAAUGGGAAGACAUCAAAAUUAUUGUCAUUCUGUAAAACUGUCCACACCAGUAACAACUUACAUUCUAAUUGAAUUUUUAUUGUGGUUUAAUUUUUUUUUAUUUAACGUUAAAAUGGAUCAACUUAAAAAACGUACUCGUCAACCAUCGAAAAAGUUAUCAACUAAAAAGAAAUUGAGUAAUCGAGUGAUGAAUUUUCUAGGAAUUCAAAACAAAACCAAUCCCAAUCCAGAGGUCGUAGAAUCUGUUGUGAAACCUUUUUUCUUGGGUGAUGACAAUCAACUACCAUGCACAUCAAGGGAAACAAUUAGUCAAAAUCCAGAGCUCGUAAAAUCUGUUGAGGCACCUUUUUUCUUAGGUGCUGACAAUCAACUACCAUGCACAUCAAGGGAAACAAUUAGAAAAAUAAAUGAUCCGGAGGGUAAUGCAAAUAAUUAUUGGAAUACUGAAGAAAAUUUACAUAACUUAACAGUGGACGAAUCUAUACUUAGUAAUCAAGAAAUUAAGCAAUGUGAUGUUGAUGAAAGUUCGGGAAGACGAAUAGUGGAUAUGCAUUACGUUUUUAGUCAAAUUAAAAACAGUGUUCAUAGAGGGUCAUUUGGUUGUACAUUUUUAAAUAUGACGUUUAUUUCUGAGAAAAAACACGGGUUUAGAUCAUCAUUUAAGUUUAAAUGUGAUGUUUGUAAUAUUGUUAUGUUUAUCGACUCAGAAAAGUUGAAACCUGAAGCUUAUUUGCCAGUAAAUUAUUCCGCCGUUAAUGGAUCAAUAGCAGCUGGAAUUGGAUUUACACAGUUGUCCGAAUUGUGUGCGAUAAUCGAUAUACCUUGUAUGUCUUCAACUACUUUUCUGAAAAUUCAAGAGUUUAUUUGCAAAAGAAUUCACGAAGUUGCAGAGGAACAAAUGAAAAUUGCUGGUGAAGAAGAACGUCGUUUAGCAAUAAAAGCUGGUACAUUAGAUGUUGAUGGAACCCCUAUGUGCACUGUAGUUGCGGAUGGACAGUGGUCAAAGCGCAGUUACAAGACUAAAUAUGAUGCAUUAUCUGGAGUGGCAACAAUAAUAGGUUAUAGAUCGAAAAAAAUUUUGUUUGUGGGAAUUAGAAACCGUUAUUGUAUAAUUUGCCAAAGGGCCAAAAAUAAAAAACUAUCUCCACCUGACCAUACUUGUUUUUUAAAUUGGAAAAAGGGUGCAACAAGCAUGGAAGCCGAUGCCAUUGCCGAUGGAUUUAAACAAAGUUUGGAAAUGCAUGGACUCAAAUAUAACAAACUAAUAGGAGAUGGAGAUUCUAGCGUUUCAAAAAGGCUAUCUGAAAUCAUGCCUUAUGGACCUAGACUACUCGUAAAAAAAAUAGAAUGUCGUAAUCAUUUAUUGCGAAAUUAUGGUACAAAAUUAGCAGCUAUGACAGCAAACACGAAGUAUCCAAUUUUGUUAAGAAAACAUGUAAAAGCCAAUGCAUUACGUUUUAGAUUUUCAAUAACUAAGGCAAUUGAAUAUCGUAAUAGUUUACAAGGUCAAUCAGAUUACGAAAAAGAAGUUGGAUUACGGAAAGAUAUAAGUAAUAGUUUUCGUCACAUUUUGGGUAGCCAUGAUCGAUGUGAGCCAUAUUUUUGCAAGGGCACAAUACCAAAUGAAAAAAAUAUGAUUUUAGAAGCUGAAAGAUCGGGAUUCUUAACUGAUAUAUCUCAAAUAAUAUCUCGUUUAGUCGUCAAUGUUGAUAGUUUACUUAUGAAUGUUGACAACAACGUGUGUGAACAAUUCAAUAGUGUAAUUAAUAAACAUUUAGCGGGUAAACGAAUAAAUUACUCACAAAGAAAUUCAUACAACUCACGAGUUGAAGCUGCGGUUAUAUCAUAUAAUUCAAGUGGACAAUUUCUUCGUUUAAUGCAUAAAAAUAUACAAAAUGAUAUAAGCCCAGGUAUAAUAGGAAAGAAAUUCCUUACAUCCAAUAAAAAAAAAAGAAACCAAUCUAAAAAACGUCUUUUUCCUACAAGUAUACAGAAAAAGAGUAAUGUUGGCCCGGAUCAACAUUAUGGUUUAGCCGAACCAUUACCCGAAGAAGAUAAUAUUUCAAAAGAAGAGUUACAAAAAAUAAAAGAUGAUUUUAUCAAUUCACUACGAUUAGAUAGAAACGGGCGCUUGGAUAUUGAAAAGAAAACUAGAGAACAAGCUAAUUCUCAAAUUUGGCAUGCUGAACGAAGGAAUAGACUUACAACAUCAAAUUUUGGCCGUGUUUGUAAACUACUACGACCAACUACGUCUUGUAAAAUUUCUGUUUACGAUAUAUUAUAUAGGACAUUUUUUUCGAAGGCAACUGAUUAUGGUAAAGCCACCGAACCAGAAGCUAUCGUCGCAUUGGAAAAUAUUUUAAAAUGCAAAAUCCAUCCGUGUGGGCUUAUCAUCGAUGAACAAUUUCCUUACCUAGCAACAACUCCAGACGGUAUUAUCAAUGACGAUUUUUUAGUUGAAAUUAAAUGCCCGUUCGCAGUCAGAGAUACGUUGACAUUUUCGGAAGCGAUAAACAGUAAAAAAUUAUUAUUCUGUCGACUCGAUGACAAUGGAAAAAUGCAGCUAAAAGUUGAUCAUAAUUAUUAUUAUCAAGUUCAGGGACAAAUGCAUAUUUCCAAACGAAGAUUUUGUUAUUUCUUCGUUUAUUCAAAAAAUUGGACAGAAGUACAAAUAAAUUAUGAUGUUUGCUUUUGGAAUACAAAAAUGGUUGAUAAAUUAAAACUAUUUUACAUGGAAUGUUUACUACCAGAAAUAGUGAAUCCUCAGUAUGGAAAACGAUUACAAAUAGAUGACAUAAAAGAUCCAGAACACAUUUUGGAAAACAUAAAAACAAAAAACAAAACUAAAAUAAAUUUGAAACUAAAUUAUAAAUGAUUUAAUAUUAGAACCCAUGUUUAUAGUAUACAUAUUUCUAUACAUAUAUAUAUAUAUACCGUAUCCAAAUAUUUUAAUAAAUUAUUUAUUACGAAAUA